UAUCACCCGGUCUUCAAAAGCCAUCCCUUAGGUUGCGAAGUUGAAUCCUUGCUAGAACUCAGCCCUGAACAGCAAAUUUGUUACUACCCGGACAAGCUCUUUGGAGGAUACAGCGCUUUUUUGAUGGAUCAUAUCCUUGCCGACUGCUGCAAGCCAACGGCCGACGAACCUGCAUUUACAGCUUAUCUCAACACGUCUUUCAAACGACCUGUUCCUCCAACAGCGCAAGUAAGACUACGUGCCUGGCCAGUCAAAAUUGAUGGUGGGAAAAUAUAUUUGAAGGGGUCUCUUCAGAUUACUGGACCAUGCGGGAAAUGGAUUGACGCGAUCUCAGCCGAUGCGUUGUUCAUCAGACCAAGAUCGGGGGGUGAAAUUCUUUGAUUCGAGACUCCGGCAUGUACUUAGGGCGAGUUACAUCAGGCAAACCAAUGCACCAUCAAAAUCAAUUAGACCUGUGCUGUGUGUGACAGACUUUGUGGAAGGUUGCGGCUACUGUAUGGGUUACUGUUGUGAUCUCAGGGGAAAGAUGGGCAGGAUGACGCUGUAUCA